AUAUGAUGGCAGUGCCCUUGAUGCAAUGCGCCGAUGGUUGAAGCUUCGUCAGCUUGUUCAACUUGCUCUUUUGCGGAAAACCGUCUCUGCGUCUGCAACUUAUCCCGAGUGCAUUGAAGAAGGCAUUGUCUACCGUCAUGCCGGUGCUCAUGGCAUUUUUGUUGAUCUGAACUUCUUCGGUAGCACUGGAUGUUGGCAGAAUGAUUGCAGGAGCACAGACAAGUUUCAUAGCGAUGAUGUCGGCAUUUGUGCUCGUGCCUGCUGGCAGAUUCAGGAAUGCACUCACUGGUCCUUCGGUGAAGGAUCCUGCUUCUUGAGGAAAUCGGAGGGCGGCAUGGAGUCCGCCGGCAGCUUCGCCUCGGGACCCAAGGCUUGCGCCCCUCCGCCGCUGCCGGAUGCGUGGCUGGCGCGGCAGGUGGCCAAGCUGCCGGCCUUGGACUGCGAGAACGGUACUUGCGACAUGGUCUGCACCGCCACCACGUGGAGAUUUGCCAUAUCAGCUCUUCAAAGAGUGGCGAUUGACAACAUAAGAGCACUCGUCCACCAGAUUGCCACGGACACGGAUACCUUCAUCCGGCAACGUCAUGAAGAGAUCUUCCUUGACGUGGUCAAGAACAACCGGCUGGUGUUCGAAGCGGUGGAUGGCAGCUGAACUUCAGUGAGUUCACACUUUGCAAAGCUAGCAUUCUGGAAACAACAAAUUUAAAUCUGCACGAUCUAUCUCUUUAGUCUCUCGUCUUGUAAGUCUUGGAAUUCUCUACGCUUGCUAUGGAUAACUUAUAACCUUGUUUUCGUUUUUUAUUUGCCUUUGCUUCCCCUUGCUUUCAAAAUGCUCAGACCUAGCAUGCCUUGCUCGUGGCAGUCAACACAACGCUUUUUGAAGGCCUUUUUUGCUAGUCCUUACUGGUUCGAACAGGCAGGCUAGCAGCUUACCUCUUGCUUUGACUUCGUUCUUCUAGGUUGGUUGGCCUUGCAGCCCGAACCCACACAGCUGAAGUAUGCACUACCCUUGCCUAUCCUGGGGGAGCUGUGUGGACCAAGCUCCUGUUACUAAACGAGAGUGAGAGCGUUUGAGCUUUUGCUCUGUUCCACUAGAUUCGUCUUGCCGAUUUGAAUGAGAGCAA